AAAAUAAAUUUGCACCAAGUGUGAAGGAUUUUCAAAUAUUUGCCCAUUGUCGCGUCUUCAAUCUCAGACCGGCGCAUUUCUAACUAUUUUCCGUACUAUUAUCGAGGAAUCCAACGUUAACUCAAUGUACGCCUCAAUGUUGCCCAAUUUGUUAAAUAUGAAAACCGAAAAUUUAACAAAUUCGGGCUACGACGAUGCAUUCCUAUUGGAGGAGAAUAUACUACAAAUGAUGGAAUCGGCGGAAAGUCAACUAAUGCAUGCGGAGGCGCUGCCGGUGGGUCAUCCCGCUGGCUCGCCGAUUGGCCAUGCCCUCAGUCCCAAUGGCGUUGUGCUCGGCCUUAGCAACAGCAGCAAUCAGAGCAGCGAGAAUUUUACGCUCUGUAAUGGCAGCAGCAACGCCAGCAACAACAACAACAAUAACAACAACAUGUACUCACCGAACAACAACAACAACAACAAUGGCAACAACAGCCAACAGCAGCAGCAGCAGCAACAACAGCAGCAGCAACAACAACAACAGCAGCAGCAGCAACAACAACAACAGCAAUCGCCCACAGUAUGCGCAAUUUGUGGGGAUCGGGCAACGGGCAAGCAUUAUGGCGCCUCCAGCUGCGACGGCUGUAAAGGCUUCUUCCGGCGCAGCGUGCGCAAAAAUCAUCAGUAUACCUGCAGAUUCUCGCGCAACUGCGUCGUGGACAAGGAUAAGCGCAAUCAAUGUCGCUAUUGUCGUCUGCGCAAAUGUUUCAAGGCGGGCAUGAAAAAGGAGGCGGUGCAAAAUGAACGCGAUCGGAUCAGCUGCCGACGCACCUCCAACGAUGAUCCCGAUCCGGGCAAUGGCUUAUCCGUUGUCUCGCUGGUCAAAGCGGAGAACGAAUCACGCCAGUCGAAGGCUGGUGCCGCCAUGGAGCCGAACAUAAAUGAGGAUCUCUCGACGAAACAAUUUGCCAGCAUCAACGAUGUGUGCGAGUCCAUGAAACAGCAGCUGCUGACCCUAGUCGAGUGGGCCAAACAGAUACCGGCCUUCAAUGAACUCCAGCUGGACGAUCAGGUGGCACUGCUGCGCGCCCAUGCGGGCGAGCAUUUGCUGUUGGGCCUUUCGCGUCGCUCCAUGCAUCUGAAGGAUGUGCUGCUGCUCAGCAAUAACUGUGUCAUCACCAGGCAUUGUCCAGAUCCACAUGUCUCGCCCAAUUUGGAUAUAUCGCGUAUUGGAGCGCGCAUCAUUGAUGAACUGGUGGUUGUUAUGAAGGAUGUUGGCAUCGAUGAUACCGAAUUUGCCUGCAUUAAGGCAUUGGUCUUCUUUGAUCCCAAUGCCAAGGGUCUCAAUGAGCCGCAUCGCAUCAAAUCCUUGCGCCAUCAGAUACUCAACAAUCUGGAGGAUUACAUUUCAGACCGACAAUAUGAGUCGCGUGGUCGCUUUGGUGAGAUCCUGCUCAUCCUGCCGGUGCUGCAGUCGAUUACCUGGCAGAUGAUCGAACAAAUACAAUUUGCCAAAAUCUUUGGCGUGGCGCACAUCGACUCGCUGCUGCAGGAGAUGCUGCUGGGUGGUGAGCUGGCCGACAAUUCGCUGCCGCUGUCGCCGCCCAAUCAGUCCAACGACUACCAAAGUCCUACGCAUGUCGGCAAUCUGGAUGGCAGCCAGGUGAGCUCCACACUGGACACUUUGGCCACAGCCAGCAGUGGUACACAUGGCCUGGAUCUGGACGUGCAGCAUAUACAGGCGCUCAUCGAAGCCAACAAUGCGGAGGAUACAUUCCGCGCCUAUGCGGCCAGCAAUGCGGCAACGGCUGCCGCUGCUGUUGCUGCUGCCACCCCCACGGCUGCUGUAACGCCCCCAUUAAGCAGCGCCGCCUGCAGUCCCAAGUCACAGGAGAACGCCUAUAUGGAUGCCACGGCGGCCCGUCAAUACAAUGUGCAGCACAAGAGUCAGCUAAUGCACAGUCCGCAGAGAGUGCAUCCCUACCAAAGAGUGGCCUCAUCGCCGGUCGAUGCCGGCCUGGGCAUGCGCAAUCCGGCGGAUAUCACGCUUAACGAAUACAAUCGCAGCGAGGGCAGCAGCGCUGACGAGAUGUUGCGCCGCACGCCCCUUAAAAUACGCGCGCCGGAUUUGCUGGCGCCCACCUAUGUGAUGGAGCCAUGUCGCAUGACGCUCAAACAGGAGCCCGAAACGGGCUAUUAACUGGUGCAAUAAUCUUAGCUACACACAUACACCACUCUACUUCCCCAUCCUAAUGUCUCCUCCCCAUCACCUCUACAGGCCCCGUCUUGCUAGCUGCUAAGUGCUAAAAAAAUCAAAACACAAAAACUUACUUAAUUGUUAUUGCCUUGAACUUUUUGAUACCGUUUUUAUUAGACUUUAAGUAGGUAUUUUGGAAAUUGUUGCUUAAUUUGUAAAACACGCAAUUGCAAUCUAUUUUUAUAUUUUCUUAUGAUUUUUUUUGAGCUGAAAUGAAAAAGAAAAUCAAGUCAAAGGAUUUGCUCUAAAGUUUAUACUAAACAUAGCACGUACUGUUGUCAGUUUGUUGGUUAUCUUUAUUAUACAUAUUAUGCAGACAUAUGUAUAUAUAUGCAAUACUUUGUUUUAGGUUAGGGUGUUGUUUAGUAGUAUAAAAUAUAUAAGUACGUUUAAUCGAUAGUUGAUGAAAAAUUGAAGAACUAUUUUUAUAUGAAUAUAUAUAUACUGUAUGUAUAAAAUACAAAGUAAUUUAAAGUGGCUGAGUGAAUAAAAAAAAAAAAGA